AUGAACCAGGAACGCACCAUGAGCCGAGGGAUACGCAGCAGCCGUCUGAUUUCCUACGACGAUACGGCCAGAAGUCCACCGAUGGCAGUUCCGAUGCGUAUUCGACAUCCGGAAGGAUCUUCAGCCUCCUUCCGAAACUCGUACGACCCUGGUAGCAGAAAAGAACAUUCCAUGUCUAAAAACAUCGAGCAAUUACUAAUCUGUGGACUUUGCGAGCUGCGUCUUACCGUGCCGAAGAUGCUCAACUGUCAGCAUACCUUCUGUCUGGAGUGUCUGGAAGAGUGUCUCCACAAGCAAACUGAUCGGUCUUUCAUUGGAUGUAUUACCUGCGGCACGAAGCAGCUGCUAAAGGAUCCGGAUCUAACCGUCCUACCAUCGAACCUGCACAUCGACAACAUGCUGCAGAUGAUGCAUCCCGCACCUUCGCUAUCAUCUUCGCUGAUUCGUUCGCCCGUAGGAAGCUAUCAGUUGGAAAAUAAUCUGACCCCAACGCUACAGUGCUCCAAGUGUCAAACAGUGUCGGAAACAACACUCCACAAAUGUGAUCACUGUAUGUCGAUGCUGUGCGCAAUCUGCUGGCUCGGGCACGUGGAUGAGCUGGCGCGACAGGUCGGUCAGCUGGAGGGUCAGCUAAAGUCGGCCAUCGAAAAAUUGGACCAUAAACUGAUCGACUAUAAGAGCCGCUUUUCCGAGAUCAACGACGAGAUAACGGCCUGUUUUCGCGACAAAAUGCUCGCCCUGCAGCGACAGCAGACGGAACUGUUAGACUCGUCGCAGGGAAUACUAAACGAUGCGGUCUGUUCGCACGAGCUGGUGCGGGAGAAAAUUGACCAGCUGCUAGCAUCGAUCGGACGCCCGAUCGGGGGCGCACUGGAUCCGGUCCAGCUCUGCCUGAAGAUGCACAAGGACAUGUCGGUGAUACUGGAGGAGGUGUCGCUGUGGGGCCGGGAGCGUAUCCUGUUCAAUCGGGAAAAGCUGAAGGUAGAAACGAUUUUCGACGCACCAACCGCACCGACCGUGAAGCGUAGCUCGAGCGCCAAAGCGGCGCCCAAACAUCAGCUGAAUCCGAGCUCCUCGGAGACGACGGUAGCACAGUUUUACAAAAGUCACAUCUACAAGCCCAGGUUGCUCUGGAACCACUGCCAGCGUCCAACGGGAGUGGGAUUUGCGCCAUGGAAUCACGACGGGCUGGAGAAGCCACUGCUUUACGUCGCUGGUUCCGAGUGUCGUAUCGUGUUUGGAAUAGAUAAAACAAAUGGUCACAUCGUUCAGAAGAUCACGCACGAAGAGCUGAGCUACCCGCAGGGCAUCACGUUCGAUCCGGAGCGCAAGGAGCUGUUCGUAUCGGACAAGUGGAAGCACUGCAUCUUUGUCUUUUCGCAGGAAGGGCAGCUGCUCCGGAAACUCUGCACCAAGGGCGACCAGGCCGGUCAGCUGAGAUCACCCGAGGGGAUCGCCUUCUGCACGGGUGAUUGCCUCUUCGUGUGCGACACUGGAAAUGAUAGAAUACAGUGUCUUAGCACCACGGACGGGAAGGCCCACUCGCAGUUUGGACGGCUCACGAAAGAUCAGCUUAUUAAAGCGUCGCAGACAAAAAUUUCCUCCCGCAUGGUGGAUUUGAAAAAUCCAACCGAUAUUGCUGUCCAGAAGAACGCUUCCGUGCUCGUGCUGGACGCGGGCAAUCGGCGGGUGAAGCUGUUCAACAAGUACGGCGAACAGUUGCUCGAGUUUGGCCAAACCGGUACGAUCAACGGACAGUUCCAGUACCCGGAGGUGAUCGGUGUUGAUCCGGCCGGGUUCAUUCUGGUCGGUGAUGGUGGGAAUGCGAAGAUUCUAGUCUACCGCCCGAAUGGACAGUUUGUAACGGCGCUCGGAUCGCGCGGUGAUUCGGCGGGAAAGUUUAACUGGAUUUCGGGCCUUUGUGUUAGCAAGGAUUGGGAGAUUGUCAUCAGCGAUUACAAGAACCAUGCCGUACAGCUGAUCUCUUAGGUAUGGCAGGUAUGGAAACCGCACGGAGCUUCGCUGCAAACCACUCUCUACCGAGUGGUGGGGCAAAUGUUAAAAUAGCGUUAUAUUUACAACAACUUUUUUUUCUGUUUCGAUUUUAAAAAUAGUUCCUUUCGAGGUUUGGCUCAACUCAAUAAAUAGUUUCAGGUAUAAAAUA